AAUGGUGAUGAUACAUACCAAAAGUCCCAAUUUAUUAGCACAGGCCAUUUUUUACAAAUUAUUUUUCGUUCGAUUUUUCUGAAAAAUAUCUCAAGACCCUUAGACUGAAUGCACUCAUAAACGGGGUGUUAAAGUAAUUAGAGAAUGAGGAUGUUUAGAAAGAUUCAAAUUUGAGAGGGUGUUUAGAAAAAUUUAAGCUUUGUUUUGGUCUGCAGGUGUAAUCAGACGCACAUUAAAACAUUUUAAUAUUCCGCUGAAAGUAAAGCGGUACAUUUGACAUUAAAAACAAUAAAAGUUUCGUUGAAAAAAUGGCAUCAUCUGAACCCAUCGCUAAAAAGCAAAAAAUUGAAACAGAAGAAUCACUUCUUGAAGAGAUUGAUUCAUGUCAAAAUGAAAUCGAUGCGCUUAACGAACAAGCAAGUGAAGAGAUUCUAAAGAUUGAGCAGAAAUACAACAAAUUACGAAAGCCAUUCUUCGAAAAGCGAUCUAGUAUAAUAUCAAAGGUUGAGAAGUUUUGGGUCACUACAUUCAUUAACCAUCCAAGAAUUUCAAGCAUCUUACAAGAUCAAGAAGAAGAUUGCCUCCAUUACAUGACAAAAUUGCAUGUGGAAGAUUUUGAUGAUGUUAAAACUGGUUAUCGCAUCUCAUUCCAUUUCAAAGAGAAUCCUUACUUUGAGAAUGACGUAUUGACGAAGGAAUUUCAUCUUGCAGCUGAGAACCAAUCGGCAACUGAUUUUAAUCAAACAUCCACAUCAUCAGCAAUCAAAUGGAAGGAAGGAAAAGAUCUGUUAAAAGAACUCCAGUCAAAACCACAAUCGAAUAAAAAGCGAGACAUGGAGCACAAAUCAUUUUUCGAUUGGUUCUGCGAUAAUUCCGAUCCAGUUAAUGACGAUCUCGCUGAAUUGAUAAAAGACGACAUUUGGCCGAAUCCGUUGCAGUAUUUCUUGGUGCCAGACAUUGGUGUAUACAAUGACGAAGAAUCAGACGGUGACUCUGAAGGCGACGAAGAAGAAAUCAAAGAAUCUGGUUCUGAAUGUGAAGAUUUGGAUGAAGAACAGGAAGAUGACGAUGUUGAAUAAGUACAAUUGAAUAAUUAUAAUCUCAAUCAAGAAUUAAUAUUGAAUUGCCUCAUAUAUAUUUUCAUUUCCCGUGAAAUUUAAUAAUUGAAAAAUAAUUUGAAAUCGCGACUUAAAAAAAAGAAAGAAAAAGAUUUUUUUUUAUCUAAAGUUUAAUUUUAAUUAUCUUUUGUUAUCAUUUGAUUGACUUCAACACUUCUGAAGAUGAGAAGAAAAUAAACUUCAAAAAUGUAUAAGAAAAUCUUUUAAUUCAAAAAGGAAUACCUAACAAAUCAAACAUAAAAAAACGUUUGAUUAUUUACAAAAGCAAAAUUUUCUCAAUUCGGGAUUUUCGCUAUAAAUGCAGCGAGCUUGUUCCCCAUAUUUGUUAACUCGCGAUAUAUCAGAAAGUUUUACACGAAAUUCAUUUUUAAUAAAAUCGUAGAGAAUACUUGAUUCAUAAAUAGCAUUGCUUGGUGAUGUUGUAAUCUUCACUUGGUACAUAUCGUUAGUGACUUUGGUAUCAGCUGACAAAUCGGCAAGAAAGCCGUCAGUAUCUUUGUUUGUUUUAAAUCUAAGGAGAUUCUUCUGUGGAAUGAGUUUCCCCGACCAAUUAAUUUCUCCGAGUUGAAGUUCAUGACAGACGUCACGAUAGUCUGAUGUGAAUUUAUUUAUUGAGUCGACGACUGCUUUUGCAGCUCUGAGAACCUCUUCCGAUGUUGAGUCAUUUAAAGGUUGCCAUGACAAACAUGAACACCAAUGAGGCUCAAUAAAAGCAUCUGCACAUGAACGAUGUUCAGGAAUUCGAUUAAAUAAUGAGAUUGCUCGAUUGUGAUUAGAUCUUAUAAUGUUUCCACGAAGUUGAACAUUCAAAAUAUCUUGAAGAGUUUCAUGAAUAUCAAAAGGCGUUGUUAAGCGAUCAACAUUAGAUUGAAAGUUUCUAUAUUGCGACGAGUAUUUUCUUUUGAACCAUUCAGGAAACACGAAAGAGAAAAACGGCAGUCUUUCCUCCAAUUUCCCUUGCAAUGUGUUUCGUAUUUCUGCAAAUCUAUUUCCAUGAUCUGACAUCAUGAUGAGAAUUGUGUUGUUAAGAAUACCUGAUGAUUUCAUGUCUUUCAACCAAUGUUCAACAUCAUCAUCAGCAACACUUAUCAAAUUUAUUGAGUCAUGAGAUAAUUCAGCGUGGAAGCUAAAGAUGAAACUGGGAUUCGUGUUGUUAUAUUUCUCUAGAAAAUCUUUGGUGUAGUCUAACAUGAUUUGGUGUCGCGUCUUCUCUCCAAUACAAAGUUUUUUAUAAGAUUUCAACUUGUUUUGAACAGCUUGAUAAUAAGUCCGCAUAUAAUGGUCUGUAGGUUGUUUAUCGAAACCAUUUAAUCGAUAACUGAAUGUGCCAAUAUCCGGUUUAUCUUCAUUAAAAGCAGUUACAUAGCCUGCAUCUCUAUAUUGAUUCCAAAUCAUCGGAUAAACAUUGACAUGAGUGGAAAGAAAUUUUCGUUUGCGUGUUUCAGGUAAUUCAAGUUCAGUGAAACCUGUUAGCAAUGGAAUUAAUGCUUGUGGUGUCCCAUCGCCAAUAAUAUUGUAUCCUUUGAGAACAUCGGCAUUUAAAACUUUCGUAAGAUAUUCGUAGGAUUUCGGUAACGUUCUGAUAAAAGCAUUUCGACUGAGCGAAUCAAAGCCAAACAUUAAAACAUUGACACCCUUAAGUUCCUUUCUUCGUUUGAGAAUUUCGACAUCUUUUCUUAUGCCAAUAAGUAUUCCAGACCAUUUACUACCAUCACUAGCUUUACAUUUAGCUUCGACGAAAUCAGAAUUCUGUAAUAAAUAACGAUUUGUUGAGCGUGUUGUUGAACCAUAUUCGAAUUGGUAAUCGUCUUUUCUGAUAAUAUCUGUGAACUCGCAAGAAAUAAAUCCGCCCUUGGCUUCAAUUAUUCGUUUUUUAAUCGCGCACAAUGAUAUUGAACAGACUACCCAAUCUUCUUCAGUUCCACAGUCAAGUAAAGGCUCAUUUUUUAUGAAUUUCAUCAUCUCAGGUGCAUCAUGCGGUAAAACUGGAACUUUACA